UUCCUAAUUUUUUCUUCAAAAUUUUCAUCUGCAUUUUCGUCCUCCUCAGUUCUCUCUCUCUAUCUCUGGAGAAACCCUUGUUUCAUUCCUUGCUAUUAUAUCUAUAUAGAAAACCAGACACCACAAAAGCUUCGUUCUGCGACAAAACCCUAACGAUCCAAACGGUCAUUGAGCAUUUCAUGGUGCGAGUCACUGAGUUGAAUCGGAUAGGAAUCUGAGUUUGUGAUCGGUUGACGCGGUCAUGGGCGCUGCGGGCUCCAAGCUUGAGAAGGCUCUCGGAGACCAAUUCCCCGAAGGAGAACGCUACUUUGGCCUCGAGAAUUUCGGCAACACUUGUUACUGCAACAGCGUCUUGCAGGCACUAUACUUCUGUGUUCCGUUUCGUGAACAAUUAUUAGACUAUUAUGGGAAUAACAAAAGCCUAGAUGCGGAAGAAAAUCUUUUAACUUGCUUAGCAGAUUUAUUUUCACAGAUAAGUUCCCAGAAGAAAAAAACUGGUGUUAUUGCUCCCAAACGAUUUGUACAGAGGUUGAAAAAGCAGAAUGAACUCUUUCGUAGCUAUAUGCACCAGGAUGCCCAUGAAUUCUUGAACUUUUUGCUGAAUGAACUUGUUGACAUUCUGGAGAAAGAGGCUCAGGCUGCAAAAACUGAUCAGGAGACCUCACCACCUUCUGAAAAGAUUGUUAAUGGGCCCAAGAAUGGUCAAGCUAAUGGUGUUCACAAAGAGCCUUUAGUUACUUGGGUACACAAAAAUUUUCAGGGAAUACUCACCAAUGAGACGAGGUGCUUGCAAUGUGAAACAGUGACAGCUAGAGAUGAAACAUUUUUUGACUUGAGUCUUGAUAUUGAGCAAAACAGUUCAAUUACAAGCUGUUUGAAAAAUUUCAGCUCCACUGAGACGCUGAAUGCUGAAGACAAAUUUUUUUGCGACAAAUGCUGCAGUUUGCAAGAAGCUCAGAAGAGGAUGAAGAUAAAGAAACCACCUCACAUCUUGGUCAUCCAUCUUAAGCGGUUUAAGUACAUGGAGCAGCUAGGUCGCUACAAGAAGCUGUCUUACCGGGUGGUUUUUCCCCUUGAGCUGAAGUUGAGCAACACUGUUGAAGAGGCAGAUAUCGAGUAUUCUCUAUUUGCAGUAGUUGUCCAUGUUGGGAGUGGGCCUAACCAUGGGCAUUAUGUCAGCCUUGUGAAAAGCCAUAACCACUGGUUAUUUUUUGAUGACGAAAAUGUAGAGAUGAUUGACGAGUCUGCUGUGCAGACGUUCUUUGGAUCAUCACAGGAAUAUUCAAGUAAUACAGAUCAUGGCUACAUUUUGUUCUAUGAGAGCCUUGGCUCUGGUAACAGGAAUUAGACGGAGGAGUUCUACAACUCUUCAGUACUUAAAUCAUUUGGACUUCUUUUUCACCUGGUUUCCAUAUUUAUUUUCCCUUCUACCGUUUUCCCUUUAUUCAACCUGUUGGAGGAGCUGUUACACCCUCCAGAGGAUACGGGUUGUGAAAAUGUAUACUUAGGUGGUUGGUAUGUACAGUGGAUGGUGUUAGCACUGUCCUUUUUCCUCUUUCUCACAAUAAGAACAGUAUAUAUAUCGGGUGAAAAUUUCACCAGCGAUGUGUAUUCAUGGUUGCGAACGUUCAACCAACAUUAGAAACACAAUGAAAUGGAAAUUGGUCCCAA